AUGAUCUCCGUCUACUCUGUCCUGUACACUCUGGUGCUGUUCUCCGAGCUGAGCAGCCACUCGGUCACCGUAGCCAUGCCUGCAUCUAAAGUAGAAGAUGGCGUACCGGAGCAAGAUGGCCUCUUCCUGGGGGUCGAGCCCGUGGCUGAGCCCGCCGUGGUCCCCUCCGCUUACAGACGAAACCUUGUGAUGGACACCAACGCAAGGGAUGAAGAUGGGGGCCCGAGAAUCAUCAUCGUCUCAGACAUGGGGCUGAAAGGACGCGGUAUUCAUGGAUUGAACCCGGCCUUCGGCAGGAGCCCUCCUCUGCUCACAGACCGGAGCUUGAGCUACACUCCGGCUGAGAACAGUUUGAAAAUUGAACGCAGAAACACUGACCUCGAUAUGCUGCGGUGUAUGAUAGGAAGAGUGUACCGACCCUGCUGGGAGGUAUAAAUGUUUCCCCUCGUGCUGCCGUCCAGCUUUUAAUGUGC